UGGUGUUGUAUGUGAAGUAGACUACAUGACUUACAAAGUAUUCUUGCCCAAAAUACUAAGCCUACUCUACUCAAGCCUUUACAUCUAACUUCAAGUUUGCAGAAAACACAGGGUAUAGAGGGUACAAUUUAAACCCCACGAGGAGGAAACUGUCAGUAAAAAAAAGAAUGUGGGUUAUUCUAUAAGAGGACUGGCCAGGUCUCUUCAAAAUGUAAAUAUCAUGGAGGGAAAAAAAGGCGGGGGUGGGGGUGUCUGGGAGAGAAUGAUGCCAAAUUAAAAGAAACUAAAACAAAUGUAAUGCAUGAUUAGAUACUGGUUCCAAAACAAAUAACUAAAAAGGAAUUUUUUAGGGGACAUUGGAGAAAAUGCGAAUACGUACUACAUACGUAUAUCAGACUGGAGGGCGUAUUAAUUUUCUGUGAUUAUGGUAUUGCUGUGAUACAGAACACUGGCCUUAAUCUUAUGAUUUACGUACUGACACACACACAGUACUUAGAUGCGAACUGUCAUGAUAUCUGCAGUGUGCUUUGAAAUGUUUACCUAAAAGGAAUGACACAGGUAGAUAAACGAAAUGUGGCAACAAGGUAACAACUUGAAACUAUGUAGUACGUAUGAGUGUUCAAAAGGUCUAUUCAAUUUUUCAAUGUUAGGGAAAAAAGUAACAUUGACAAUUUAACAAUUAAAAAGAAAUGAACUCUUCAAAACUAAAAAGGGGCAACUGAAUAGUGUAUUUCUUAAAUUUUGUAGGAGUACCUCCUUGCCUCUUCUCUCUCCAUCCUCACAAAAGAAAUGAAACAUAACGAAUUGAGCAUUGAAUGAGUUAACAGAAUACCUCAAGUUCUAGAAAUGGCUAUCACUUCCUAGCUACGACCUCAUUAAAAAACCUUCUAAGGUUCUUUCUUCACCUUCAGAACCUUUUAAGCAACGUAAAACCACUGCAAAAGGGGUUGUGAAGUACAAAUCAGGUGGUAUCAAUGACAAGUACAAAUAAUUAUAACGCUAUUUGUACUUAGGUUUUAAAGCAUCCCGAGCACACAACCCUAACAAUUCUCUAAGCAAACCAGUGCCUUCUUAGGCACAGUAAGUUUCUGCUUAAGGACAGCCUGACUUGGCACGGUAAUACCCAAAAGCAGGGCACCUCACAAAUGUUAACAGGGCUUUUGUACUUAACUCUCCUCCAAGGUUCCAAUUUUAUGUUUAAUGACACUGAAAAUUGUCAAAUUCUUAAGACACAGUCCAAACCUGAACAGUUAAAAAAUAAAGUUCACGGGCUCUUUAAAAAAAAAAAAAAAAACAAAUCUUUGCAAACAAAGAGAACCCUAUGGAUGAAGGUCUCCUGUGCUUGCAGCAGGUUCACUCUGACGUUUCUCCUCAACAGCAAAUUUCUCCGUAAAAGCGUUAAAGCUUGAGCCUCUUCCCCGUGGACAAUAACAGGACUUCUACGGCCAGGCGGGGAGGUCCCCUUUGACGCGAAGGGUGUGUGCAUGGCCAGGCCACCUGCGCGGCGGAGCCAGGGCCUGGGGUCCCGGGUGCCUCAAAGUUCGGAACCCCUUUUGGUCACCGUCUACAAAUGAAGAGACUCGAGGGAGGGCUAUUGUGAGAGAAGCAUGGGUCCCCUUCAAACAUCAGCACAAAAUGUACGGAAGACCAAAGGAAGCGGCCUCCAAGAAGGAAAGCCAAAACAGGCUGAGGGCAAACAGGCGCAUAGGCCCUGGCGGAGGCGGCGGCGGAGGCGGCGGCGAAGGCGGCGGCGGCGGACGCAGGCCGAGGCGGAGGCGGCCUGCGCGGCCCCGGCCUGCCGCACCGAGCCGGCUGCCGCGUCGCGCCGGCAUCCCUCCCCCGCCGGGGCCGGCGCAAAAUGGCGGUUCGGCCGCCGCCGCGCAGCCGGUCCCCUCCCCCGCGCCCUGGGCGCUCUCGGCACACCGCACGGGCCUCAGCACCCGCGGCCCAGCGCCCCGGAGUGAGGCGGCGCAGGCGGCGCGGGAGGGCCUCUGCCGGCUGCAGCGCGGGGCGGGCGGGGGCGGGGGGCGCUUACCGUGA